CAUUCUGUUCUAUACCUCUCCAGCACAAACCUCCCCUCCUCAAGCUGUUUAUUCUCCCCAAAACAAGCCGGCUAGCUAGCGCUCUUCCGAGAGAUCAAGAACACAUGCGCACACUCUUUCUCUGACAAGAGCUUGUGUUCUGCAACUGACCAGUAUAUACAUCGAACCUCUAUCUAACAAGCUUCUUCGAUCCAGACAUACAGACCCAGCGCCAGAGCCUUAUUAACUUAUUAUUACAUCAUAGUGCGGUGUUGGUGUACCAUAUAUAUGUCGACCGAUAACUGAAAGAAGGUGCAGGCGCAGGGUGAUCAUAUGGAAUCAUGCGUGCCCCCGGGGUUCAGGUUCCACCCCACCGACGAGGAGCUCGUCGGCUACUACCUCCGGAAGAAGGUGGCCUCCCAGAAGAUCGACCUCGACGUCAUACGCGACAUCGACCUCUACCGCAUCGAGCCGUGGGAUCUCCAAGAACACUGCGGGAUCGGCCGGUACGAGGAGCAGAGCGAGUGGUACUUCUUCAGCUACAAGGACCGCAAGUACCCGACGGGGACGCGGACCAACAGGGCCACCAUGGCAGGGUUCUGGAAGGCCACGGGCAGGGACAAGGCGGUGCACGACAGGAGCCGCCUCAUCGGCAUGAGGAAGACGCUCGUCUUCUACAAGGGGAGGGCGCCCAACGGCCAGAAGACCGACUGGAUCAUGCACGAGUACCGGCUCGAGACCGACGAGAACGCGCAGCCACAGGAAGAAGGCUGGGUGGUGUGCCGGGCGUUCAAGAAGAGAACAGCCUACCCAGCAAGGAGCAUGGCGAUGGCAUGGGACCCCAGCUACGCCUACCGCGAGGCCAGCGCCACGGGCGCGGCCGCGUUCGUGGACCCCAACGCGGCGUCGUACACGCAGAUCAGGCGCCAGCCCAACAAGAGCGAGCGCUUCAAGCAGGAGCUGGCCGAGCUGGACGGCGCCGCCGCGCUGCUGCAGUACUCCGCCAGCCACCUACUCGAGCUGCCGCAGCUCGAAAGCCCGUCGGCGCCGCUCGCGCCGGCCAACCCGAGCCAGGCGUCAGCGGCUGAUGAGGCGGCGGUGGACGCCGCCGACAGCGGUCGGCGGCCGGGAAAGAAGGCGCGGGCUGAUAAGGCGGCCACGGACUGGAGGGCGCUCGACAGGUUCGUCGCGUCGCAGCUCAGCCCCGCGGCGGCGUCGACGACCGCCGCCGCCAGCAGUGUGGCAUGCUCGCAGGUGGACCACGUUGAGGAUGACGACAUGGCGGCAUUGCUGUUCCUCAACAGCGACGACGGGAGGGACGAAGCGGAGAGGUGGACGGGGCUGCUCGGCCCCGCCGCCGGCGGGGACGGCGACUUUGGUCUUUGUGUGUUCGAGAAAUGAGUAGCGGACGCUCGCGUGCGCGUGUCCAGGCCUGCAGUCCUGCACGGUGCGUCGCGGAUGCAUGCAUACAUGGGAUGGUGCAUGCGAUGGUUAUAUAGCUGAAAGCUGGUCCUCUCUCUUUUUUUCCUUCUCUACUUUCCUUUGUAUGUUUCCCAAGAGAUGUGAUUGUAAUUUUCAUCUCUCUGUGCAGACUGCAGAGUUAUAAUAUGCAUGUCAUUCCGGCAGAUGUGAUUUCUUAUCGUUGAUGUGGCCUAAAAUGCAUAGCACUUUGUGACCUGGUUUGUCAGAUAGCUUUCAGUGCCACCUGAAACUAGUCGUUGGGCUAUUAUUCCCUGGUGCACCGGACAAUCCAGUGCUCCAGACCAGACAAUCUGCAAGCAACGUUUCCUUUGUUUCUUGGACUUCACUUGAUCUUCAUAAUAUGUCUUCUUUUGAGGUGUUACUUUCCUCAAUGUAUUGGUCAAGUUAAC